AUGGGUGUGGUGGAGUUAUUAUAUCUGAUUGGGCUUAUGAGUUAUGGGUAUGGUCAAAAUUGUCGCGAAGAGGAGCCCCCAGCUAGAAAGUGCGAGAACUUGUGCCGUGGAAAUGGAACCUGUAAGAUAAAAGCGGCUCUGCUGUUGCCCAAAAAUACAACGUUUGAUGCGUCGUUACCUGUUGUCGAGCCAAUAUUUGAGCUGGCAAUGCAGGACGAUGUGGUUCGAAAUGCGUUUCCGCCAUGGGUUGAAUUCGAGUGGAAAAGAUACGACGUCAGUGAUUGUGAUGCUGCUUAUGCUGUCAUUUCAGCCAUCGAUGCUUAUAAUGACUGCUCACACGUGUUCUUUGGACCUUCGUGCGACUUUGCUUUGGCUUCGGUGGCGCGAAUCACCAAGUUUCUUGGGAAAACUGGCACCCCAUUGGUCACAACGGGAGGCUUCACCUUCGAUUUUGUUCAGCCGAAACAAAAUUGCCAUCACGAGUACUACAUGAUGGUACGCUCAGGUCCACUCGGAUUCAAGGAUAUGGCAUAUUUCAUCAUUGACAUCAUGAGACACUACGACUGGAGGCAAUUGCUGCUCAUCAACGAACCCGAAGCACAAGUACACGUCGCCGGCAAGUCCACUUGUCUACUCAUGAUGAAAACAUUUGCUAACUAUCUGAAGAAGGAAGAUAUAAUUUAUACACCGUGGGAUACCACAUCCGACGGGGGUCUCAACUAUACUGAAAAUUUGAAGUUCUAUCUGGGCUACAAAUUUGGCUGGACCCGUGCGGUAAUUCUUUACGAAACACCCGGGUAUAUGUUAUUUGUAGGUGCUAGUGGUGGUUAUUUAAUGGCAAGUUCGAUUCACCAGUACAUGUUGUUUGAAGGAAUAAAUGUAUAUGGAAGAGAAAUACAACCUCGUCAACCUUACAAAGAAUUACUACUUGAAAAUGUCGGUAAUAAUUACGCCAGUGAGUUUCGGCUUUCUUUAUAUUAUAUGGCCUAA